CUACAGGGCCUCCAGUGACUGACUAGCCACUCUCCAUAGUGACUUUCUUUGCAUUGGACUUAGCAAUAGCACGCGGGCUAAAAGCGUCACCCAAAGACAAGACGUGUUGAAACGCUGAAGAAUGAACCAUAAAAGUAAGAAACGGAUCAAAGAAGCGAAGCGGAGCGCCAGACCCGAGCUGAAGGACUCGAGCGACUGGACCAAACACGAUUACUGCGAGAGCUUUGAUCUGUCACACAGGACCGUGAAGGACAACGUGGAGCGAGUGGACACCCAGCGCCUCAGUCCAGAGGAGUUCAUCCAGCGCUUUGAGAAGCCGUAUAAGCCCGUCGUUCUGCUCAACUGCCAGGAGUCGUGGCCUGCGCGGGAAAAGUGGACCUUGGAGCGACUCAAGCGCAAAUACCGCAACCAGAAGUUCAAAUGCGGCGAGGACAACGAUGGCUACUCUGUCAAGAUGAAAAUGAAGUACUACGUGGAGUAUUUGGAAUCGACCCGUGACGACAGCCCCCUCUACAUCUUUGACAGCAGUUUUGGCGAGCACGCUAAGCGCCGCAAGCUUCUGGAGGACUACCAGGUGCCCGUUUUCUUCAGGGACGACCUCUUUCAGUUCGCGGGAGAGAAGCGACGCCCACCGUACAGGUGGUUUGUGAUGGGUCCUGCACGCUCUGGAACAGGCAUCCACAUUGACCCUCUCGGCACGAGUGCGUGGAACGCCCUGGUUCAGGGCCACAAACGCUGGUGCCUGUUCCCCACACACACGCCCCGUGAGCUCAUCAAGGUGACGCGAGAGGAUGGGGGCAACCAGCAGGACGAGGCCAUCACCUGGUUCAACGUCAUCUAUCCCCGCACACAGCAGCCCACCUGGCCAGCCGAAUUCAGACCCCUGGAGGUGCUGCAGCACCCUGGAGAGACCGUGUUUGUGCCUGGUGGAUGGUGGCAUGUUGUCCUGAACUUGGACACGACUAUUGCUGUAACCCAGAAUUUUGCAAGUACCACCAACUUCCCCAUCGUGUGGCACAAGACAGUGCGAGGUCGGCCCAAACUCUCCAGGAAGUGGUACCGGAUUCUGAAACAGGAAAGGCCAGAUAUUGCUGCUCUGGCAGAUAAAGUGGAUCUGCAGGAGUCAACAGGCAUCGCCUCAGACAGCUCCAGUGACUCCUCCUCCUCUUCCUCCUCCAGCUCCUCCGACUCUGGUUCAGAGGCUGACUCGGGCUCUGAGGGUGACGCCAUGACCCAUCGCAGAAAGAAGAGGAGAACCUGUGGCCUGAUGGGAAACGGUGACAUCACGAGCCAGGACGACUGCGCGAGCAAAGAGCGCAGUUCGUCUCGGUGACGUCUCGCUCCACACCAGAGGAGCUGCAGCCAUGAUUGUCUCCUGACCCCUCAUGAUAACAAACUCAGACUUAGUGGGCUUUUUGAGAUAAACAAGAACAAAUAAUCCAAAUAUGUGCUUGCUGGAGGAGCAGCUCUGUGGGGAAAGAAGGAAAACCCUUAUCGUGUUGCCUUUGCUGAUGUCAGACUCUGGACAGGAAGCUUGACGUCCCCUCCUGUCCCAGUGCCAAGUUCAUUAAUCUGCGUUAAUGAUGCCGUUUUUAUAUUUCACAGGGGUUAUGCUCAGAUUCGUAUAUCAAAAACCAUCUGAGGUAAUACGGUUGGACCUGAUGUGUAAUGCUGCCUUUAGCUCUUUGAACCUAGAAAAUAGAUUAUUUUAUUACUGAUUCUGCACUUAAACGUGGGUUUCUCUCUCUCUCGGCUGGCAGAAAACUUGCCCAUAAUACUUAAAACUGUUAAACGGCUGUGAUUUGUGCUCACUAAAUCAUGAAGUCUCACAAUUUUAGAUAAAAGUUGAUUCAAAAUGUCUCUUCUGUGAAUUGUCAAAGUGUUGGGUCUGGUUUGACCUGGUUUAGCACUUCACACAGUCCAUUAGCCGUGAGUUCAGUGGUUAAAUUAGCGCAUUUGACUGAAAUACGAGGUGUUUUUCUUUUUAUAAACGUUCUGCGUAGGUGAAACACUAGAGGGCGCUAAUGCUUAUUUAUUAUACAGUGCACUAUGAGCCACACGAAAGAGGGGGUUUUCCUGUCGAAGGGAAAAAAGUGACUAGCCUGUAAUGUCUUAAAGUUUUGAAAUCAUUAUUUUAACAGAAGGUAAUAGCGUAACUCCAAAACUGGUAACCUGUCGUGACCUAAACUUGUUUCAGGGCUACAAUAAUGGACUUUUAUGUUGUGAUGGGUGUGAGGCGUUUAAUGGUCAGAGUGAGUGUUGUUGAAAUGUUUGUGAUGGUAACCACGUAUCAAGAAGAAAGAUGUGGUUAAAAAGUGCCUAUUUUUACCUGAUGUUGGUUGCUUUGAGCUCUCAUAUUUCUCAUAGCUGCGGUUUUGAAUUGCAAAUAUUACGAUUUAAAACAAUGGACUGUACACUUACAUGAAGCCGGCCGUUCUUGUUGCUCCAGAUCUUCUGUGUUUUCUCUCUAGGGUAUGUUCUCUUUUGAGCUCCUCAUGUUCCAUCUUCAGCUCUGGUUCAGUCAUGUGACACCUUGAUGUUGCUGAGAUCAAAACUAAAUGAAUGAUAAUUGUUUAAUAAAAGUUUCUAUGUA